AUGCUUUCACAUAAGAAAACGGAAACUCUCCUGCUUAUUUUGUCCCUUUGUCUGUCUGGAAUCAUAGGUAAAGUACAAUGUGACUUUUUAAAUUUUGUAGCAUUUUUGACCAGGCUUUUCUCUGUUUUACGAUUUGAAUCGAUGAUACAUGAGUUCGACCCAUAUUUUAACUAUCGAACAACGAAAUUUAUGACCGAAGAGGGAUUUUACAACUUUCACAAUUGGUUUGAUGAUAUGGCAUGGUAUCCUCUUGGUCGCAUAAUUGGUGGCACGAUUUAUCCCGGCCUGAUGGUUACCGCUACUCUUUUUUUUCGAAUCUUUCACCUGAUUAACCUUACGAUUGACAUCCGCAAUAUAUGCGCGGUGGAUUUGCCAUCAGCGCUUGUGGCUUCUGCUAUGAUAUCCAUUGUUCCUGGAUACACCAGCCGAUCAGUCGCCGGGUCUUAUGAUAACGAAGGCAUCGCCAUUUUUUGCAUGCUUUUAACAUUCUAUUUUUGGGUCAAAUCCGUGAAUACUGGGUCAAUCGUUUCCUCGGUCUUGACUGGUAUCGCUUACUUUUACAUGGUUUCAUCCUGGGGAGGAUAUGUGUUCUUGCUCAACACGAUACCCAUUCAUGUGCUUGCUCUCAUGAUAUCUGGUCGCUUUUCUCAUCGUAUUUACGUUGCUUACUCAAUUUUUUAUUGUAUCGGUACCCUUUUGUCUAUGCAAAUCAGCUUUGUUGGUUUUCUGCCCGUCCUUUCAAGUGAACACAUGGGGGCUCUUGGAGUAUUCGGUUUUUGUCAAAUUAUCACUUUUGCCAACUAUUUAAAAACACGAACAACGGAGGAGUGUUUUUAUCAGAUUCUUCGAUUUGCUGCAUCUACUCUCGGUUUGAUGCUGUGCGUUGCUGUAGGAGUUCUGUAUUUUUCAGGAAAAAUCUCCCCAUGGACGGGUCGAUUUUAUUCUCUCUUGGAUUUGAGCUACGCCAAAAACCACUUGCCCAUUAUCGCUUCCGUUUCGGAACAUCAACCAACAACGUGGAGCUCUUACUUCUUUGAUCUUCACUUCAUGACUGUUUUCUUUCCCGUCGGUUUGUACUACUGCUUCAAAAGGAUGACUGACGCAGGCAUUUUCGUUAUCAUAUAUGGUGUAUUGAGCCUCUACUUUUCCGGUGUGAUGGUACGAUUGAUGCUUGUUUUGGCUCCCAUUAUGUGCAUCCUCUCUGGUGUGGCUGUUUCCAAUAUCCUCCGAACUUUCCUGCCUAACAUGAUCACUGGAACGUCUACCCGUGAUAUCCUCACUGCAGGUGCCAACUUGAGCGGUGCUUUACCUCAGAAACGUCCCCCGCCUUCUAGCAAACAAGCUAAAAGUUCAAUCACAGGCAACUUUUCCGAUCCAACGUAUCCCUUCAAGAGUCAAGUCGCCUCUGUCGUGAUUGUCGCAGUUAUAAUAGUUCUGGCACUCUACAGCCAGCACUGUAUUUGGGUCACCUCGAACGCCUACUCCUCACCCAGCAUCGUCAUGGCUGCUCAACGGUCAAACGGUGAAACAGUCCUUUUUGAUGACUAUCGCGAGGCCUACUACUGGCUUCGGCAAAACACCCCUCUAGACGCAAAGAUAAUGUCAUGGUGGGAUUAUGGCUACCAGAUAACAGCUAUUGCAAAUCGCACUGUACUGGUGGACAAUAACACGUGGAAUAACACUCACAUCGGACGUGUUGGACAGGCUAUGGCUUCCAGCGAGGAAGAAGCAUACGAAAUUCUUCGUGAGCUCGAUGUGGACUACGUCCUAGUCAUUUUUGGAGGUGCUUCCUCGUAUUCGUCUGAUGACAUCAACAAAUUUCUGUGGAUGGUGCGUAUCGCAGGUAGCACUGAGAAGGGCCGGCAUGUCAAAGAAAUGGAUUACUUUAGUAAGACUGGAGAGUAUCGCAUUGACAAGGAGGGGUCGUCCGUCUUCCUAAACUGCCUUCUGUACAAAAUGUCUUACUAUCGAUUUUGGGAGAAGUACACUUCACCCAACCACCCGCCUGGUUAUGACCGCGUCCGAAAUGCCGUAAUUGGAAACAAAGACUUUGAAUUGGAAACGUUAGAGGAAGCUUUUACCACCGAGAACUGGAUAGUUCGUAUCUUCCGUGUGAAAAAAUUCUUAAAUCGUGGACAUGUGUAA